AAGAAGAUGAAGAUCCAAUCAUGGUGCGCGAACAAAAGCCUCCCAACAGUGGCAAGAACUGGAUCGUUCCACUCCUUCCCUCCGUCCAUCUCCACCCCACACCCCUACCCCCACCGCCCGUCCGAUCACGUCGACGUCCAUCUCCUCCUCCGCAGCACGCCCCCCCUCCAGGAUUCUCCUCCUCCGCUUCCCCUCGAUCGCCGAUAAAACGGAAAGCAGUGGAUCGGACGUCACCAAAAAGAUCGGUGGGGAGACGAGAGGGGACGUGAAAGGCGAAAAGGUGGAGGAACUGGGAAAGGGGGUAGUCGGGUAGAACUAGAAAGUUUCUCCCCGGGAGAGGCAGCCCGGCGGCAACCGAAAGUGGGGCCUUCCGGCUGCGGCGUGCCCUACCGUCGAUUCCAUGUCCUCCUCCGGGUCUAGAUGAGGUUCUGAUGCCGGAAUCCUACUGCUUUUCCGGCUAUUUUACCGCCUGGGGGUUUCACUUUGAUGCGGCGUGGUUCCCAGCCCCCACUCCCUGAAUUCUGUCUCGGCUGCUUGGAUUCAGACGCUCAAAGCUUCGCUCUGCCAUCUCGCUGAAUUGCUUCUCGUCCAAUUUGGGCAGCUCGCUGUUGCUUGCAGGAGAUCGCUGCCCUUUCUGGAAUGCUGCAGAGGUCUACUACUCUGUUCAGUGCCUGCUUCUCUUUCUUUGUGGGCAUCUCUCCCGUGCAACUUGUCCAUUGACCAUAGGAGGAGGAAAUUGUUCUUUGGUUCAUUCUCUGUCACAAUGGACGACGGAGCUGACCUCCCCUGCCAAUUGCUCUUCUCCCACCCGGAGGUGCCUGGCAGCUUCGACGAGCUCUUCAACAGCGCCACAACGACCUGCACCCACACGCACAGCUGCAACCCUCCCGGCCCGUCGGGCCCCAUGCACACCCACACGUGCCUGCACACGCACACCCAGGUCUUCGCCGGCGGCGCCGAGGACGACGACGCCAGAGAGGACCCGGCCAAGCCACGGAGACCGUUGGGGAACCGGGAGGCCGUGCGCAAGUACCGGGAGAAGAAGAAGGCGCACGCGGCCUUCUUGGAGGAGGAGGUCAAGAAGCUCCGAGCCGCCAACCAGCAGCUCCUGAGGAGGCUGCAGGACCAUGCUGCACUGGAGGCAGAGGUGGUGAGGCUCAGGAGCCUCCUGCUCGAUGUCCGGGGCAAGAUUGACGCUGAGGUCAGCGCGUCCCCUUUCCAGAAGCCGUGCAGUGUUGGCUCUGUGGUGUCUGCUGAUCCUGCUCCGUGCUUCAAUGGCAACUCUGAGGUAGCAGGAGCCUGGGAGGAGAGCUUCGUACCUUCAGCUGCAGAUUGCAGGAUAGAUGAAGGGGGCGGCGUGUCACGAGAAAUUGAUGUUCCAGAAGGUUUGCAUCAUUCCAUGGAUGUUGUUGCAAACUUUGUGUCAGGAUUCUGCAGCAAAGAGCAAGCCUUGUUCCUCUGGAUUCAGCAUGCUCAGAAUGUAUCAUGUGUGCGGUACUGGUUUGAAAAGAAAAACGUACGAAGCCAUGGAGGGUAUCGUACGAACCGAUAUCAGAUACUGAAGAUCAUGUCAACUGAUAUCCGUUCGUACAAUAAUCAUGCCAACUCGGUUCGUACACCAAAAUGGCUGUAUGAACUUGGAAGGUCAUAUCAACUGUUGCUGCACAAUAAUCACGGAACCAUUUCAUCAUCUUGAUACAAUUUCUGCUCAGGCAUUUAUGUAUCACGCCUUGAAGUGCUUUUGUGAAA